AUGUCGACGUACCUAGCCGAGUCACUCAACUCGAUCGCGCUCAGCAGCGCCUUGAUCGACGCGCUCUCGUUUCGUCGUGACCAAGCCAUGCCCCGCGCGAUCCUAGCCACCGAAAAACAGUUCGAAGCUUACAUGAUUCGCGAUGCCGAGCCGUACGAAUUAGCCCUGUUCCGCCCUACGCUCGAGUCUCGCUAUGACGCGCUCGACGGCGAUUUGAUCGACGAAGAUCACGCGGGGACUGCCUUUGGCGCUUCGGGCGGGGCUGGAUCGGUUCUUGGAGCAGAAGAGAAAUGGACCGCUACAAAGAGGGGUGGACCGCAAAGGGCUAAUAUGUUUGAGAAGGCGAGUCCUCUCAAGGAACGCAGGGGGACUGCCGCGGCAGAGGAUCCUGAUAGGUGUUUGAGGGCCGCGCUCAAACUGCUCAGCAUCUAGUGAGUACCGUCCGGCUGAUGAGCCUGAGGAAAGAGGUACUGAGUGUUUCUGUUCAUAGUUCACUUCCGAGGGCAACCGAGCAUGUUGAAGCGUUGCAACACCAGUUCAAUGGCCUGCUCGAGACGAUGAUCGAACACGAGGAAGCGCUCAAGAAGGUGGGCAGAAUUCGUCGCCGGGUAUGCGGGUUGCCAUUGAUACUGAUGUUGCUUCCUUUCUCUCGUUGGUGCCUAGCCUCUUGCACGUGCAGCAACGGAUCCCCAUGAGCAAGAGCUCCAGCGCGCAGCCGACAUCGAGGAGGCGAUCAAGCGCGAGCAGAUGGAGAUUUUUGCGCUCCAGCAGAUCCAUGCGGAGAAGCAAGCAGAGGUAAGAACAGAGCACAUCAAGUGAUCCGAUCUUUAAAUGCAGCUGAUGGAUCCUCUCGCCGCCAACAGGUUGCUGCUGCAUCUUCUAAGACUAGAACGCGACGCAUUCCAAUGGCGAAAGCCCCUCUCCCUAGUCCUGGGGAGGCAAACCCUUUCGCAAAGUCGGAUAUGCUCGAAAAGCGAGCCGAAGCCGUUGCGUCUCAAGGUACUCCUGCACGAGCUUCCUCUGGUGCUCAGCCGACGUCAGCUUCCAGGACCACGCCGCGUGCGAAUCGCGGCAUGAUCUCAGCGACAGCUAGUCCUCGCUCCCCAGUCAAGUCAACACCUCCACCGAAGUCGCCUGCUGCCCGCAGCCCGGCCGCAGGUACGCCUAAGCGGACUCCUACGAUCACGUCGUCUCCGGGCUCUAGCCGCCAGACUACGCCUCGAGCUGCCCGCACACCAGCUGGGGUGAGGUGGAGCCCCGCCAAAGCGUCACCCAAGAAAUCCAAGGACGCUGAACUACUUCCCUCCGGCGUCACGGCGGCCGACUUGGUCCAGUAUUCGGUGCGUGUACAGGCUGAUCCGCUGUAGAGAGCAUGUGUCAGAAUGCUCAUCCUGUGUCAACCGCAUUCACAGAGCAAGCUCUGGGCAACACUCGGAGAUCCGAUCCGUCCGUGGGCUCGGGAAGCGCUUCCACCACAGGAUGCCGCAGAGGCUCCGGCCGAAGGAGUCUUGUCCAUCGCCGACACAUUGCAAGUCUUCCUAGCUCACAACAGCGAGAGCGCGAAAGGGAGCUCAUACGCAACUCCUUCUCAAAUCAGGGCCACCCUUCGCACCGCGAUCAACGCCGCCUCUACGGCCCCUAUCGAACCCGUUUCGCCAGCCCGAAGUCACGCCACGACGACAAUUACGAACGAGGACGACCCGUUGCCCCCUUCACCUGCAUUGGCAAUGGAAUAUGAGGCGCUCAACCUGAUCCUGUCAACGCUUUCGCGCACACCCUUGGUCCCUCCACCCUCGUCUUCCUUGCCCCCUCUGUCCAUCACUCUCCGCGACGCUGUACUCCCUUCGUCGCUCGGGAGCGCAGGAGCAGCCACAUUCGUCGCCCCUCCACCGGGGAAGAAAGAUCCCAUGAUCUCGAUGAAUGCGCUCAAGUUGCAUCUCAGCGACUUCGCCAAGGCGCGAGGAUGGGCCGAGGAUCUCGUCACGCCGACAAUUUAUUCGCUCGUUUCGAAGCAGGUUUUGAGGAUUGAUCGGAGGGGUAAGGAGGGCCCGAUGUUGGGCUUCAAGGUUUGA